CCCGAAAAUGAAGUUAACACAAACCAAAACGCAGUCCCUUUCCGUACUGAAUCACACCAUAGAGUACUCAUAAAGCGUACGAGCACUUCUCCACUAUCAUACAUACCAACCCCACUCACACAAAUCAUCUAAUCUCAUCUCCUUUAAAAUAAAUUUCCAAAGCAAAACACUUGCCUAUAUAUAUAAAACUCUCCUCAUAAAUUAUCAUUUCUCUCUUAAUGCUUUUUCAGGUCAUCAAAAAAUGAGAUGAGAAAGGCAGAAGAAGAAGAAAAGAAGAACAACUAUGGAGAAUUAUGAAGCUUCAACUAGGCCUAAUCUAGCUUUUCCUGUUGGUUUGGCUCUUCUUCUGUUCCUCUUGCUUAGCAUCAGUGCCUUCUUCUUGUGUUGCCUCCAUUGGGACAGGCUUCGAGCUCUCAUUUUUUCCUCUGUGGAAGACAACCCUGCAGAUCAAAUUGAACCAGAGUUGGAUCAGAAACCUGCACUUCCUAACAUGAUGGCAAAGCAAAAUCAGCAACAGAGCCUGCCAGUGCUGAUGCCAGGGGAUCAGGUGCCAAAGUUCAUAGCAAUUGCUUGUCCAUGCGAGCCUCCAGUUAGGGAGAAGCUCACUGUGAUUGUUCAGAAGCCUGCCCAUUUCUGUGAUGCCGCUACUGUAUAUAUCUAGCUGGUUACUGUAAUCCCCUGACUUCAAAUUUGUUUUUGCACUUUUCGUAGAGUUCC